AUGAGCAGCGUCACAGCCAUGACCGUGCCGCUGCGCCACCUAGCGGUUUUAGUGUUGGUUCUGGGUGCAGCGGUCUGGACGGUCCACUCUGCGGCCGAGCUGUGCCAGCGUGACGUCAUGUGUUUCUGUGACGCGCGCCAAUCAGCUGUGCGCUGCUACGACAAGACUGUCAACUUCACAACCAUGAUGUCGGUUGUGCCGAACGGUACGAACCACGUGUUUGUUACCUUCUCCAACCUGACGACGUUCCGCGGCGGGACUGCCGGCUACCCGGCCGGCCUGGUGUGGUUAGAACUCCCGCUCAACAACAUCACCUCCGUCACGCCGGGUGCCUUCAGCGGGCUCGGCAGUCUCACCAAGCUGCGUCUGUCAGCUAACAAACUCUCGUCUCUCUCACGCGACAUGUUCUCUGGCAUGCCGAGCUUGGAGAGGCUGGAGGUGUGGGGUAACGUCAUCACCAUGGUGUCAGACGACACUUUCAGCGACCUGAGGAACCUGACGCACUUGGACCUACAGAUCAACAAUUUGGUGUCCGUUCCCUGCGCCGCCUGGCGACAUCUGUCCAAACUGCAGGACCUGCGGUUGUCCCGAAAUCCGCUAAGACACAUCCCUCCGAAAUGUUUCUCCAGCCUCGAAUCUUUAGAAAUUCUGCAUCUCAAGAACAUGGAGCUGGUGUACUUGGCUAAAGACACUUUCCUUGGGCUUGAAAGUCUUGAAAUACUGGCCCUUGGAUGGAACAACAUUUACUCUAUCGAUGACAUGGCUUUUAGUCGGCAUCCGAACCUACAAUCUAUAUCUCUCAACUACAAUAACCUCAGCGCGGUUCCAAAGUCGGUCUGGGGCAAUCUGUCCACCCUUGCUGACUUGGACUUGACCUUUAACCCUAUCCGCACGCUGGCCUCGGAUGCCUUCGCGCCUUUGAAAACGAUCGCUCGGCUCCGUCUCGGCAACGCCGAACUCUCCCGAAUACACGACGACGCCUUCCGAGGGCUGGACGAGGUGGCCGAGCUUCGGCUUGAGAAUAACGAGUUGCAGACGCUACCGGAGAAUUUGUGCGGACUGGUUUUUAACUCGGUGACGCUUGCAGGCAACCCCUGGUCGUGUGACUGCCGUCUGAAGGAACUUAAAGUUUGUAAAACUGGCGGUUUUACCGACCGUAUUCUGUGCGAGUCACCACAGAGACUGAAGAACUCAAAGAUGUCCGAUGUGUCGGUAGGGGACUUGGUCUUACAAUGUCAGAGUCCUUCGAUUCAAACCGCGCCAAGGCAGUUGAUGAUUGCGGAGGGGGAGAGGGUAGAGCUCGGCUGUACUGCGUCCGGGUUUCCAGAGCCGACGUUGCAGUGGCAGCGAUUAACAAAAGGUCAGGGACUGGUAGUGGGGGAAGGAGGUUCUCUUGUCAUCCCUGCUUUCACUCGAAACGAUUCGGGCGUCUACAUCUGCACGGCGAGCAACUACGUCGGCAAGGACUUUGUCGUCGUUCACCUGUCCGUCUCGUAUGCAAGAGCGCCCCCUCCCGACUUUAUGAGGAACGACACAAACAACAGGUUGGCAACAUCACGUCCAUUCACGACUAAAACAAACCCCAAUCGUAGCAAAACCAACUCUGAUACAGAGCGCCCCCAAGCUGUGAACACAGGUGAAAACGACAUAAAAAAGGUGGAAACGCCAGUAAAAUUGACCCCAAGCUCAAGAGAACUGACCCCCCGCGAAGAAAAUAGGACCCCGAAGACAGGACGUCCGGCUGAAGUAUCCUGUGGCGCUGGUGACUCUGGGUACGCGACUCUCCAGGCGGUGGUGACGUCAGUGGUCAUCAGUGUUCUCGGGACCAUGGGACGUGCAAAGUCACUUCAGGUGAAGCUGACCUCCUUCGUCCCCAGAGGAAACGAGCGCCAUUCACCCAAGGAGCUCCGCCCCCUUCCCAUGAGGCACCUGGAGCUGAGUACCCGUCACAGUACGCACAGCACCAUGGACCUGCUGGCCCCCUCCCUGGGUAGAUCUCCCAGCAGGCCUAGGGGCAUGGCACUGACCAACGCAGCCUUCCCAACCGACAGGGUGUGA